UUAGUAUUGUGCCGGCGUUCGUUUGGCGUUGAUCUUUAAAUUUUUCAACCAAAAAACUCAUUUUAAUUGCGAUGUCAUAUAAAAUUAACUACUUUACAUUCAAGGGCCUUGGCGAACCAGUCAGGUUUAUGCUUGCUUAUGGAAAUGUAGAAUUUGUUGACAAUCGUAUUGAGUGGGAGGACUGGAACAACUUAAAACCUACAAUGCCUCUCGGACAAAUGCCAGUACUUGAAGCUGAUGGGGAAGUUUUUCAUCAUUGCAUUCCAAUUUGCCGAUAUCUUGGCAACAAAUUUAAUCUUGCUGGACAAAAUGCAUUAGAAAACUAUAAAAUUGAUUGUGCUGCUGAGACUGUUAAUGAAUUCCGUGGAAAGAUUGCCAUGUGGUACUACUUUGACAAGCAAGUUAAGGAUGAAAAGUAUGAAAAACUCGUAAACGAAGUGAUUCCAUUUUAUUUGGAAAAACUUGAACAAAAAGCAAAAGAAAAUGACGGACAUUUGGCAUUAAGGAAUAUUACUUGGGCUGAUGUUUAUGCAAUCGCUGUUAUGGAAUAUUGUAAUGUUCUUAUGGGAAGUGAUUUAAUUGCUAAUUAUCCAAGCUUGAAGAAGGUUUAUGAAAAAGUAAUGGCAUCUGAGGGAGUCAAAAAGUAUCUUGCAACACGUCCAGAGGAUAGAAUUCCUAGCUUUUAAAUAAUCAAAGAUUUGCAGCUGUUAAAAUAAAGACUAUAAUUGGAAUUUAAAUGC